CAAGCGCGUCCGCCCAGUAACACCCGACUGACCCUCUCGACCCUCUCGUUGUUCUGAACUCCAGUCAUCGCUCAGAAGUCCAAUAUGUCCGAGGCGCAAGACACCUCUCAAAAAGAGGAGGAGCAAAGGAAGCUUGAAGAGAUUCUUGAAAGAAUCAACUACUCUGACCGAUACUCGGAUGAUUUCUACGAAUACAGACACGUUAUUUUACCCAAACAACUACUGCGUUAUAUCCCUGAAACCUUCUGGGAUCAGAAGACGGGAGCUCUGCGACUGUUAGCCGAGAAGGAAUGGAGGGCAAUAGGCAUUCAGCAGAGUCUUGGGUGGGAACACUACGAGAUUCAUGGUCCGAGCUUCCCUUCUCCCAUUCUACUCUCGGUUCGAUGAAAAGUUCUCUUACUAGUGCCUGAACCUCACGUUCUCUUGUUUCGUCGCCCAAAGGACUUUGUUCCUCCAACCCAGCCAAUGGUUGCUCCCAGUCGAGCUAGAAAAUGAAUUAUGGGGCGUUUUGUUAUAACUCUUGUCGCUGCUUUCUACAUGGCUUUCGAACCAUCACCUUUGUAUUUUUGAAAACAAGUUGACCAUUUCAAUGUAGCAAUCCCCCUCUGUUAUCGAUCGUAUACGAUCAAACUGUUCCAACU